AUCCGUAAUUAACCAUGGCAUCAUUCAGUGAAUACAGGUUUGGCAUCAGAGGAUGGCAGUAUUAUUUUUGACGAUUUUUAAUAUUUAAUAAUUCGAAGAAAAUGAUGACUACAAUAAAACCUAUUAUUAAAUAUGCUUCAACUUUGAAGAGAAAACUUGAAGAUAUUGAUCCAAUAGAUGAAAUUGAGGAAACGAAAAUGCCAAGAAAGCAGAGGAUGAAAACAUAUCGCCUGUGUCCAUACCUUGAUACAAUCAACAGGCAGGUGUUAGAUUUUGACUUUGAGAAGCUGUGUUCAGUGUCUCUGUCUAGAAUCAAUGUGUAUGCUUGCCUUGUUUGUGGAAAGUAUUUCCAAGGUCGAGGAAAUAACACGCAUGCAUAUACACAUAGUGUAGGAGAGAGCCAUCAUGUUUUCCUCAAUCUACAUACCCUACGAUUUUACUGUCUGCCGGAUAAUUAUGAAAUUAUUGAUUCAUCUUUAGAUGACAUCAAGUAUGUUCUCAACCCCACAUUUACAUCCGAGCAGAUAGGAUCAAUGGAUUCGAGUGACAAGCUGUCUAGAGCAAUAGAUGGCACUAUGUACCUUCCAGGGAUAGUUGGUCUUAAUAAUAUUAAGGCAAAUGAUUAUUGCAAUGUGAUUUUACAGGCAUUGUCACAUGUGACUCCUCUGAGAAAUUAUUUCCUCAGGGAGAUAAACUAUGCUCGUGUGAAGCGACCUCCAGGAGACAGCUCAUUUCUGUUAGUUCAGCGUUUUGGUGAGCUUAUGAGGAAGUUAUGGAACCCUAGAAACUUUAAGGCUCACGUAUCUCCACACGAGAUGCUUCAAGCUGUUGUUCUAUGGAGCAGAAAGAAGUUUCAAUUCACUGAACAAGGGGAUCCCAUUGAUUUUCUGUCAUGGUUUCUAAAUGCUCUGCAUAUUGCUUUGAAUGGCACAAAGAAACGUGACUCAUCCAAUGUGUAUCGUUCAUUCCUGGGCUCAAUGAGGAUCUACACUCGAAAGAUUCCGCCUAUUGAGCUGGAGGAGGAACAAAAAGAAGCUCUUUUGCUAAUGGACGAGUACCAAGAGAAAGUAACAGAAUCUCCAUUUCUUUAUUUGACCUGCGAUCUCCCUCCACCUCCACUGUUCAAGGAUGAAUUUCGUGAGAACAUCAUUCCACAGGUAAACCUGUACACUCUGUUGCAGAAGUUCAAUGCACAGACUGAAAAAGAGUACAAGACAUACAAAGAGAAUUUUAUGAAGAGGUUUGAGAUCACAGAACUGCCACCAUAUCUUAUCCUAUAUAUUAAGAGAUUCACAAAAAACACAUUCUUUGUGGAAAAGAACCCGACAAUUGUGAAUUUCCCAGUCAAAAAUGUUGAUUUUGGAGAUAUCCUAACCCAAGAAGUGAAAGAAAAAUAUGCAAGCACAACAUAUGACCUGGUAGCUAAUAUUGUACAUGAUGGAGAGCCUGGCAAAGGGACCUACAGGGUUCAUGUUUUACACAAGGGAAGCGGGAAAUGGUACGAGAUGCAAGACCUUCAUGUGAUAGACAUUCUCCCUCAGAUGAUCACACUUACAGAAGCUUACAUACAGAUAUAUGAGUUGAAAGAGACCAAACAGCAUUCAGGAUGACAUUUUUUAUCAGAUUGGAGACACUGAUGUUCAUGUAAUGGAGUUUGUGGAAAAAUGUACUUUUUUAAAAUGGACUUAAGUUCUUCUAAUUACAUUGUUCACUUUUCUCCAUCAAAAGAACAGAGUGAUAGUAUUCUUCAAUAAAGGUUUUGAAAUCCUUAUUUUCAA